UGUCACAUCAAAAGGGAAAUACAAAAUACUGUUUUUUUUGGGCAAACGUGCAUAAUUAAUUAAUUAAUAUACCUAAAGUGACGUAGCUUGUAUUGUAUUUAACGUUUAACUUACAAUUCGCUAUAUUCUUUGAAUAUUUGAUUUGCUUGACUGCCGUGCAACGUCGCCAUGCCACCUAAAAAAUCAAACAAAAAGGUGGAGGGCCUGACGCCGUAUCAAGGCGAGAAACGGUGUUUUGGACAAUUCAAGUGCCCCACUUGUAACCGCACGUGGGUGUCUUCCCACUCAUGGGCCAAUUUCGGCCAAAACUGCACUAUGUGCAAAAUUAACGUAUAUCCUCAUAUACAGAUGCCACUUCAUAAACCAGGCUAUAUGGGCAAGAAAAUAGACAAAAAGAAGCGUCAUCCCCAAGAGUUGUGCGAAAAAUGCCGUAGUUUGGGCCGCUACUGCGACUCAGAAGUGUCAGAACCUGUUGAACCGGCUCCUGGACGUCGCCGACGACGCAGACGUCAAUGAAUUCCGGGAGGAGGUAUAUUAAUAAAAACUGUACGAAGAAUAAUUAAACUAAUAUAAUUAUUUUAUUAGUAAACCUUUGUAAAAUU